AUGAAAGAAGGUGACUUGCCUUCGCCUGUCGCGGAUGAGACGGUUGGGCCCCAAGGAGAAAAGCCCACGGCCUUCCAACAUGACGAGAAUGCCACUCCGCGAAAGGACCUUUUCGACCUCGAAGGCCGACCGCCCGAUAAGCUGAAUGCGGUGUUUGAGAAUCCUCUCGCCCACGUCCCCCGAGAUACACUGCUGGAGAAUGUGGAAGACUUCUGCCAGAAAUUCGGGUUGAUGGACCACAUCGACGCAUUUCGCAAAGGGGCCCUCAUCUCGCAGAACCCCGCUGGUGCUUUGGAAUUGCCGGAGCUGCAGGAGGAUGAGAAGGCCAUCCUUCGCCGGGAGUCGACUCACAAAUGGUCCCAGCCAUGGCAGCUGUACUUUAUGGCUUCCAUGUGCUCGCUGGCUGCCGCAGUCCAAGGCAUGGAUGAAACGGUCAAUAAUGGCGCCCAAGCCAUCUACCUGAAGCAGUUCAACAUCACCAACCCCGAUCACCCUGAAGACUCGAGAUUUUCGCAAUCCAUGCAGAGAUACCUGACCGGCCUCAUCGUCGGCGCGCCGUACCUGGCCUGCGCCAUUCUGGGGUGCUGGCUCACCGAACCUCUGAACCGCUAUUUCGCCCGGCGUGGAACCAUCUUCCUGUCGUGCUUCAUCGCCGCCGUCGCCUCGGUCUGGGAGGGCGUCGCCAACUCCUGGGUCAACCUCUUCAUCGCUCGCUUCGUGCUGGGUCUCGGGAUCGGUUCCAAGUCAUCGACUGUGCCCGUCUACGCGGCAGAAUGCUCACCGGCCCCGAUCCGAGGCGCCCUGGUGAUGAUGUGGCAGAUGUGGACGGCGUUCGGGAUCAUGCUGGGGAACAUCAUGGGGGUCGCAUUCAUGGGCUUGUCCGACGACCUCUCCUGGCGUCUCAUGCUGGGUUCCACCGUGGUCCUGCCGCUGAUUGUCUGCGUCCAAGUCUACUUCUGUCCCGAGUCGCCUCGGUGGCUGAUCGAGCACAACAAGAUCGACAAGGCGUUUGCCGCGUUCCGGACCCUCCGGCCGAGCGACCUGCAGGCGGCCCGGGACCUGUACUACGCCUAUGUCGGAGUGGAGCUGGAGAGGAAGGUGAACAAGGGCAAGAACUUUUUCACCAUGUUUCUGGAAUUGUUUACGAUUCCUCGCAACCGUCGGGCUACUCUGGCUAGUUGGAUCGUCAUGUUCAUGCAACAGUUCUGCGGCGUCAACGUAAUCGCCUACUAUUCCACCACCAUCUUCGUCGAAUCCGGCUACAGCAUCCAAGAAGCCCUCCUCGCAUCCAUGGGCACCGGCAUCCUCAACUGGGUCUUCGCUCUCCCCGCCUUCUUCACCAUCGACACCUGGGGCCGCCGCAACCUCCUGCUCUUCACCUUCCCCCUCCUGGCCAUCUGCCUCUUCUGGUCCGGCUUCUCCUUCUGGAUCGAACCCGACGACCCCUUGAGCAAGAAGCGUGUCGCCAUGGUCACGACAGGCAUGUAUCUGUUCGAGGUCUUCUACUCGCCCGGCGAGGGUCCCGUGCCGUUCACGUACUCGGCGGAGGCAUUCCCGCUGCACGUGCGGGAAGUGGGGAUGUCGUGGGCCACGGCGACCACCUGGUGUUUCAACUUCAUUCUCUCGUUUACGUGGCCGAUGCUGCUGGACACGUUCAAGCCGCAGGGUGCGUUUGGGUGGUAUGCGGCGUGGUGUCUGGUCGGUUGGGUGCUGAUCUUGCUUUUUGUCCCGGAGACCAAGGGUGAGUCUCUCUUACGUUGGAGGAACUGGACCGGGUGUUUUCUGUGUCGACGAGGAGGCAUGCCGCGUAUCAGAUUCGGAACGCCGUCUGGCAUUUUCGGGUUUGGGUCCUUCGGCAGAAGCUUCAGCCGUUGCCGAAGUUCUAUGAGUGGGAAGAGGGUCGGAAGGAGUCGGUGUAGAUGGCUGAGUAUGUUGCACUCUGUGCAAGUGGAUAGUCUCAGACGCUUCGCUCAAGUCGUUGAUACCUUACUUGAAUUAGUUCCAUCAUUAAUUGAUUCCAGCUUUUCUCACCAGUAA